ACUUUGUAUCAUCGGAAGAACGUACAAGACUGGCCCUAGAGUAUCUACAAGAUUCUCUCGAAAUGCCCUUUUUUUCAAGACUUGAGGAAAUACGUAAUAUUGCAAGAAUUAAUUUUGCACUCCUAAAUAUAUUGGAAUUUGAUGAGGACGCAUAUAAAGUGGCCAAAAAAACUGUUGAAGAAGUUCGAAAAUCUGUAGGAGAAAAUUAUCAAUUUGUUAGCAAAGCUAAAUUACGCUUAGAAGUAUUGGAGGAUUUCUUGUGGAUAAUUAGUGGUGAAGAUAUGUCUGAUACAUCUCUUUUCAACACAUUUCCUGACGAAAUGAAGCCAGAUUCGGAAUUGGAUGAUAAAUAUAUUAAUUACUUGAACAACCAACAGUCUUUUAACCAAAAUAAAUAUUAUGAAGCUGUUCGUUUUGAAUAUUUGGCUGAAAAAGAAGCGAAAAUUAACAAGUUAAACAGUUUACGUCAUUGGCAAUCUGCUCAAGAAAAUUACAAUAUUGCACGUGAAAUAGACCCGAAUAAUUCGAUUUAUUCCAUCGGAUAUGCAAAAUGCCUAUUAAAAUUAUCUAAAUAUACUCAAGUUAUCAAGCUUUCUAAUACAUGUAAAGAAUUAAAUUCUUCAUCAGAAUACUGGUAUUUUCGUAGUGUAGCUUAUUUUAAACAAAAAAAAUAUAUAGAUGCUAUGCUAUGUAAUUCUGAGGCAUUAAAAUUGGAUCCUGGAAAUGAUUCAGCUAGUAAACAUAGAGAACUUGUCAAAAAAUUAAAUGUAGAUAAUAUAGUUGAACACCACAUUGACCGCUAUAAAAAAGAGUUAAUAUAUGAAACAGAUUAUUUGAAAAAUUCUCAUAAUAAUGAGCGUACUGUCUACAAUAUUCUAUCAAUUGAUGGCGGAGGAAUACGCGGGGUAUUGCCUGCUUUAUGGCUUAGCGAAAUAGAAUAUCGCACUCAUAGACCCAUUUCUCACUUAUUUAAUAUGAUUGCUGGGACAUCGACUGGUGGAGUCAUUGCUGCCGGACUAUCGGCACCACAGUUCAAACCUAUCAACUAG